AUGAGUACUCAAUUUCUAACAAACAAAAAUGAAUUUCAGCAGUUUAAGGCAAAACUAGUGCUAGAACGAUUUCUUUCAAGAAUUCGCAUUAACUGUAUCGAAGUUUAUUAUCCUGCUGAGAAAUAUGAGACAUUGACAUCGGCAGUUUCACUUGCCGCCCCACAUAUCAACGAAAUAAUUGAUCUUCCUGAUGAAGAAGAUUCAGCCCAAAUUACGAAUGGUUUGGUUUCCUCUUGCAAUGGGAUAGUUCCUGGCUGCAUAGCUCUAGCUAUAUUGAAGGAGGAUAGUAGAAUUGUUGAAAAUACAAAGCAUCGUAAUGAUGAACAAAUAGCAUUCGUAAGAGCAAUCUUGCGAUACAAUACAAGUGAUAUUCAAAUUUAUUCCAACAGUUUAUUAAUGAACAGACAAAUCAUUGAUUCAAGAAUUCUUCAGAAGAUGACAUUGGUAUUAUUGCAUUAUCAAAACGACGAUCGAGGCAAGUUAGUUGUUGACUAUCAUGAUCAGCAACCUAUUGAAAAGACUCACAAUUCAAAUCAUCAAUUUUUAACGGAUUUAGAAAUAACCACUUCAAUUGCAUCAAUCAAGACUCAUACUUUUGGAACUGCUGCUAAACAGCCGUUCAUUAAAACCUGGUUCAGCAAAAGCUUCACCAAUUGUGUUGAUACUGACGAGUCUAGAAUACUAGAAUAUAUCUCCGCUGCGGAUGUCAAUAGAAAUGCAGAGCAAGUUGCUGGCAAUGCCAAAGAAUUAAUCAAAGUUACUUUGAAUUUCAAAGAAAUUAGGAAUUCCGAUGAAGACAAUGGAGCUAAUGUUCUUGCAUCAAGUGAAACAACUCUUUUUGAUUUCAGUGAAGAACCACUAAAUGAUGGAAACUGUAUUCAAACCUGCUUAAAUGAAGAUGACGAGUACCUUAACAUCAACUUAGAAGUUGCAAAUGCAAAUGGAGUCAAUGACAACAACCAAAAAAUAGAGGCAUCUGUUGCUUCGGCAAAAGAUACUGAUGAAGCUUCUGACGCUAGCACCGGCGAUAUCUGCUCAGAUAUAAAUGGGAAACGUGUAGUAGAUAUCAAUCAUUUGGAUUCAACGGAAUCUGACUUAUCCACUGACGACAAUAAUGAGGCUGCCAAAACUAUCAAUGAUGUUGAAUCUGAUAUGAUCCAACAUGCAAGAGCUAAAAUGAUUCGUCAAGGAGAUCUUGAUAAAAUUGAAACUGAGCCCAGAUGGAUCACAAUUGAUUAA